ACACACAGGUAGUGACCGCUCUGUCGUGAAGAUGAGCGCAAGCGCAAUGGAUGAGGCUUUGGCUUCGUACAAAGCCUUGGAAGCGGAUACUCAGGAGCUCAUGGCCCGUCGACAAGUUACUCUGCAGCAGGCGAAUGAAAACGGGAUGGUGCAGCAGGAAUUGGAUGGUUUGGAAGCGGGCGAGAAUGUCUACAAGAUGAUGGGCCCAGUGCUUCUCCGCGUUGAGUUGGAAGACGCGAAGCAAAAUGUGGCCAAACGGCUGGACUUGAUCAAGAGUACAAUGGAGGAUUUCGAUCAAAAAAUUCAGGGGAAGCAGAAGGAUGCGGAAGAGCUAGGCACCAAGAUUAUGACCAUGCAACAGGAACUGCAAGCGAAGACCGCCGACGCAGCCAAGGCCGCCGCUCAGGACGCAUUGAAAGGUGUGAUGGCAUGAUAGAGGUCGACAAAGAAAAAAAAACUUCGAAACAAUUGUACUUGGUGUUAAUGGGACAAAUAAAUUGGUAGACUUCCAUCUAGUUGGAACUAGUCUGACCUGCGUUUUCAAACGAGCAAUAUUAGAAGGCAUGCAUGCCAUGAUAUUAACAAAGUAUCAUGUGACUACUUUGCAUGAAAAAACAAGGGAAGUACCGAACCUUGAAGACAUGAAAAGUGGACAUUCCAUGUUGAGUGCUUUUCAGGAUCCCGGUCCCAGCAUUUCAAAAAUUCAAACAUUA